AUGGGUACCAAGUUACAUUUUAGUACAGCUUUCCACCCACAGACUGAUGGACACUCGGAAAGAACCAUUCAGACCUUGGAAGACAUGUUGAGGUCUUGUGUAUUACAGUUGAAAGAUAAUUGGGAUACUCACCUUACUUUGGUGGAGUUUGCUUAUAACAACAGUUACCAUUCAAGCAUUGAGAUGGCUCCGUAUGAGGCUCCGUAUGGGAGGAUGUGUAGAACUCCUGUUUGUUGGAAUGAAGUGGGUGACAAGAAAGUGGAAAAGGUAGACAGUAUCCGAGCCACAACUGAGAAGGUGAAGAUGAUCAGAGAGAAGUUGAAAACCACACAAGACCAACAGAAGAGUUAUGCGGAUAACAGGUCCAAGGAUCUUGAGUUUGCAGUUGGGGAUUGGGUGUUCUUGAAGCUAUCUCCAUGGAAGAGUGUGAUGAGGUUCGGUAAACGCGGGAAGUUAAGCCCUCGUUAUAUUGGACCUUAUGAGAUCACCGAGCGCAUUGGGCCAGUUGCCUAUAGACUUGCCUUACCUACAGAGUUGUCCCGGAUCCAUGACGUGUUUCAUGUGUCCAUGUUACGGAAGUACAUGCCUGAUCCUUCCCAUGUUCUGGAACACCAACCUGUGGAAUUGAGUGAAUAUUUGACGUACGAGGAGCAACCUGUACAGAUCUUCGAUAGAAAGGAACAAAGGUUGCACUCCAGAUCCAUUCCUGUAGUGAAGGUGUUGUGGAGAAGUCAAACUGUUGAAGAGGCUACUUGGGAACCCGAGGCGCAGAUGCGGGCCAAAUACCCUUAUCUCUUCAAUUGA